CUCGGUAAAUCAGCUGAUGUCAGUGUAAACAGAAAACAGAGGUGUGUGUGGAAGUGUGUGAGAGUGAGACAGCUAUAUUUCGCCAUCGACGAGCUUUACGACAGUAAAUGAGGGGAUGUGUGUUAUGUGAGUGACGGUGCGAUGUGUCGGCUCAUCAUACGCGCCGCGCUGUUGUAGUGUGACUGUGUUGUAGUGGAGCUGCAGGAAACGAUCUUAGAGGGGCUUUAAACGUCACAUGCAGCCUCACAGAGGGCCCGAGUGAGAGCAACUCUGCCUGAACACCCUGGAUUUCACUUCAAAGGACCAAACUAGUUAAAACAGGGUCCAUGGAGGAGCUGGAGCCAGAGGAGCAGUUUCUGCAAUACUCCCGGAACGGUGAUCUGCCAGGGAUUCAGAUGCUCCUCAUGUCCAAGAUAAAGGAAGAGAAGCAGAUCAACAUAAACUGCAAAGGCAAGAAAAAGUCGAACCUGGGGUGGACGCCUCUUCACUUGGCUUGUUACUUUGGACACAAAGACGUAGUGGAAGAAUUACUGAAGGCAGGUGCAGACGUUAAUUUGCCCAAUAACAUCGGAGAUACACCACUGCACAAAGCUGCCUUCACAGGAAGAAAGGAGGUUGUCAUGCUGCUGCUGCACUAUGAUGCAUGUGCUACUGUCAUCAAUGGGACAGCACAGAUUCCCAAAGAUGUCACUCAAAAUCCAGAGAUCAGAAGCAUGUUAGAAGCGGCUGAGAGAACAGAGGAGAGGAAACUGGAGGAGGAACUUUUAGAAGCUGCACGGGAAGGAGACUUUUCAACUCUAACUCAGCUGCUCAGCAGGAAAAAAUCUCCAGACAUCAACUGCACAGACCUGCUGGGUAACACUCCGCUGCACUGUGCAGCCUAUCGCGGCCAGAAGCAAUGUGCCCUGAAGCUGCUCAAAAGUGGAGCCAGCCCCAACAUCAAGAACAAGAACGGCCAGACAGUGUUUGACCUGGCUAGUGAUACAGCAAUGAAGCAGGUCCUUGAAGGCAACAUUCACCGAGGUAUGAUCCGCCAUGUCAAGAAGUACGAAGGACUUCUUUUUAAGAGCUCCAGAUUUUUUGGUUGGCGCUCCUUUUGGGUCGUCCUUCAAGAUGGAGUUUUAUCCUGGUAUCCUAAACAGUCAGAUGCAGUUGCCAAUGUCAGAAGGCAAGGCUGUAUCACAAAUGCCCAAUGCAUGAUCAGAGUCAAAGAUAGCUGCCUUUUUACGCUCAAGUGCUUUGACGACAGUGUGCAUCACUUCAAAGUGUCACCUAAAAGUGACCCAGAGGCAGCGAGAAAAGUAUGGCUGGAUGCACUGGAAGAGCACUCAGCUUACAGCACACACUACUGCUCCCAAGAGCAGGGUAGUGAGGAGGAGGAAGAGGAAAUGAUGUCACUUGGGGAGCUAUCAGACUCACUACAGGCAGCCGAGGCCAGCCAGAAGAAACUGGAAGAGGAGGUGGCAGCACUCAUGUCCAUGAUGAAAAAUGAUGGGCCAGCAGAAAGUUUCCCAUCCGCCAUACUGCACAAAAUGCAAGAAAUCUGUGAGUUGUCCAGCGAAACCAGUUGCAGUCUCAGAGUCUGUCUGAGCCUCUUCUCCAAACAGGAAGGGGUGCGCAGUCUGAAAUUGGAGCAGGAGGUAGGGAAGAAUAAGAUCCUCUCUGAAGCGCUGCAGACUCUCGCAACGGAGCACCACGAACUUGAGCAAUCCGUCGUCAAGGGAUCCUCACUGCCGAGCGCCCUCAGUGAAGAUGAGUUCCACGACGCUGUGUCCGAAUCAGAUUCAGAGCUCUCCCUGAGUGGCUUUGAGACAGUGGCCAGCCAUUCCUCUGAGGAGGACGAGGAGGAGGACGAAGGCUCUGUCAUGUUAAGCAUCCCUUGCAGCAGCCCCUCCAGUAUGUUGCAGGAGGAUCACCAUGGAGACGAGGACCAGACUCAACCCAACGGGAUCACAAAGCAUAGAACCAGCCUACCUGCACCAAUGUUUUCAAGAAAUGACUUCAGUAUUUGGAGUAUCCUGAGAAACUGCAUUGGGAUGGAGCUCUCCAAAAUUACAAUGCCAGUGAUUUUCAAUGAGCCACUCAGCUUCUUGCAGCGUCUGACAGAGUACAUGGAGCACACUUACCUCAUCCAUCAGGCCAACACGUCUGCAGACUCUAUUGAGAGGAUGAAGUGUGUGGCUGCAUUUGCUGUGUCGGCUGUGGCCUCGCAGUGGGAGCGGACAGGUAAACCCUUCAACCCACUGCUAGGAGAGACUUAUGAGCUGGUCAGAGAGGAUCUGGGUUUCCGGCUCAUAUCAGAGCAGGUGAGCCACCACCCUCCGGUCAGCACCUUCCAUGCUGAGGGCCUGAAGCAAGAUUUUGUCUUUCACGGAUCCAUCUAUCCCAAACUCAAGUUCUGGGGCAAGAGCGUGGAAGCAGAGCCGAAAGGUGUCAUCACGCUGGAGCUGCCCAAGCACGGCGAAGCCUACACAUGGACAAAUCCCACUUGUUGUGUUCACAACAUCAUUGUGGGCCAGCUGUGGAUUGAGCAGUAUGGAAAUGUGGAGGUGAUCAAUCACAGAACUGGUGAAAGGUGCUUCCUCAAUUUCAAGCCAUGUGGCCUUUUUGGAAAGGAACUGCACAAGGUUGAAGGGUAUAUUCUGGAUAAAAGUAAAAAGAAGCAGUGUGCUCUCUAUGGGAAGUGGACAGAGUGCCUGUAUGUCAUUGACCCUGCUGCCUUCGAAGCGCAUAAGAAAAACAAUAAGAAGGGGGCAGAGGACAAAAAAGGUUGCAGUGAGGGUCAGGAUGAGGCUCCUUCUCCAGCUGCAGACACUGUGGAGGUGAUUCCUGGCAGCCAGUUGCUGUGGAGAAUCGCACCCAGACCAGCCAACUCUGCCCAGAUGUACAGCUUCACGACCUUUGCAAUGCAGCUUAACGAGCUGCAUAAGGAGAUGGAGGGGGUCAUUCCUCAGACUGACUGCAGGCUAAGACCGGACAUACGAGCCAUGGAGAAUGGUGACAUUGACCUUGCAAGUGAGGAGAAGAAAAGGCUUGAGGAGAAACAAAGAGCUGCUCGCAAAAACCGCUCCAAAUCUGAUGAAGAGUGGAAGACGAGGUGGUUUCAGCAGGGGCAAAACCCCCACACCAGCUCCCAGGACUGGCUCUUUUCUGGUGGAUACUGGGACAGAAAGUACAGUGAGCUGCCUGACAUUUACUAAUGGACAUGUCCUGCACAGGGACAUUUGCACCAUAGAGUGCCCUCAGUACAGAGCAGCAUUAAUUUCUCUGUUUUUUAAUGGAAUAACUACAAUAACUACAAGCGAUAUGCAACCAGUAGACUUGUGUGGCCUUAAUUAAUCAACUUUAUGAUAUCAAAACUACAUAAAAAUGUCAAUAAUCAAUAUUUAAAUGUCAGGAAAUGUAAAGUUGUUGGACAGUGCUUUGAAAUUUAGCAUUUGUUUACAGUGAGACAAGAUUUAACCCAGUGGAGAGUUGAUGAACAGGGGGUCAUGAUUUUAGUGCGUUGUUGUCUUUUUAAUGCUCAUAAUAGUGUUUUGACUGUAUAUGUAUAUCUGUACAUGUAUAUACUUGACACAAAUUCGACCUUAACUGACCUCAUCACAUCGUUCACAUUUUUUUUGGACUCUAAACUCACAAAACCACAGCUAUUAUGAGUUUCAUGUGGAUCAUUUCUCCUCAUGUUUUUUGUCUUGUACAUACACACUCACAGAAACAUAGAGUAUAUUUUCUAUAUCAGUGUUUCACUUCAAAGAAUCGUUUGGCACUAAUUUUGAUCUUUUUUUUCCUUCACUGUAUUCUGUCUGUUGUGCACAGUAUUUCAUAAAGUAAACACAAGUA